UUUCUCUUAAGUGAAAUGAGAGCAGGCCGUAAUAUUCUUGCUUUGUGUCCGCACAGCUACAGCCUGGAGGGCCUGAGUGGCAGCCAAGAGGAGGCACGGCGCCCGGCCGGUCAAGGCCCCCGCAUUCUAGAACCUUCCAGAAUGCUGCAGCAUGACAUGGAUGAGCGCGGCUCCCUCGUGUCGCUCACGGAGGAGCAGGAGGAAACGGGGCCGCCAUGCGGCCUGGAAAAGCAGAGGUCGAGGCGCUAUCGUCCGUUGAGGAACAGCUGCCCCCCGAUGACCCUGCCCCUCACCAAGUCUGUUUCCAUGCUCGCCAUCAGCCACAGAGACAUUGACGGUAUGAGGUCCUUCUCCAGCACGUCUGGAUCACUCGCAUACAGCAUAUCAGAGGAGGAGCCUGGGCCGCUGCGGAGCGAUGCUGAGACGACGGGCAAGGGUGGCACAAAAGUUAGCCGCACCUUCAGCUACCUCAAGAACAAGAUGUACAAGAAGACGAAGGAAAAAGAGAAGGACAAAAAGGAGAAGGAGGCCAAGGAGAAGGAGAAAAAGGCGUUCAACGGGCACCACUUUGCUGCAAUGGGCUCCAGCCAGGCGCUACCAUGCUCCCACUGCUUCCAGUGUAAUAAGGCCCUCAGCAGCAAGGAGCUCUUUCAGUGCACGUACUGCAAUGCCUGCGUGCACAAGAGCUGCAGGGACGGUCUGGCCGUUUGCGCCAAGGUGAAGAUGAAGUUGCCCAGGCAGCAUCUUAACACAGUGCCAGAUUCCAGCUCCUUCCCCGGUGUCACCAUGAGGAACAAAUCAUGCGGGACAAGGGAACGCCCCUGGUCAGUCAUCUUGUCCCCAGAGGACCACUCGUCUCUGACUUUGCCGCAGUCGCGCCGACAUACCAGCCUCAUGCCGUUCCACGGCAACAACCUGUCCAAAAGUCUUUCCAUUAGCAACAUUGCUGGUCCAGUGUUUGACGAGAUUCCCAUCAGGGGUCUGCGCUAUCUUUCCCAGUCUACUGACUCGCUCAACAGGACAAAUCAGGUCACAGAGUCCAUGGAAUCACUCACUGAUGAAGGUCAUUACAUUCCAUCGCAACCAUGGACAGAGAUGAUGGACAGCCAGCUGAUGGGCGAGUUUGAGGGCGAGGCCAAGGAGAUGGAGGCCGACUCGUGGAGUUUAGGCGUGGAGCAGCAGUACCUCCAGCAGCUGGACCGCAAUCUGGUCAAGAGGCAGGACGUCAUCUACGAGCUGAUGCAGACGGAGAUGCACCACAUCCGCACGCUGCGCAUCAUGUCGGAGGUGUACAGCAAGGGCCUACAAAUGGAGGUGCAACUGGAGCCGCAGACCCUAGAGCGACUUUUCCCCGCGCUGGACGAGCUGCUGGAGCUCCACACGCAGCUUCUCCUACGCCUGCUGGAGAGGAAGCGUGAAAGCCAGGCAGAGGGCGGGCGCUCGGAGCGAGGCGUCAUCGUCCACCGGAUAGGGGACAUCCUCCUCAGCCAGUUCUCGGGAUGCAACAGCGAAAGCAUGAAGAGGAUUUACGGGAGAUUCUGCAGCCGCCACAAUGAGGCCGUCAACCUGUACAAGGACCUUUUGACCAAAGAGAAACGCUUCAAGGCCUUCAUCAAAAAAAAGAUGAGCAGCAGCAUUGUUCGGCGUCUCAGCAUCCCAGAAUGCAUUCUGCUGGUGACCCAGAGAAUAACCAAGUACCCUGUGCUGAUUCAGAGGAUCCUGCAGCACACUAAAGAGGGUGACAGCGACUACGACGAGCUGUCUGGGGCGCUGCGCCUGGUAAAAGAAACGAUCGCUGGCGUGGACGGCCGCGUGAACGAGCACGACAAGCGGCGGCGCCUCAAGGAUUUUCACAGCCGCACCGACACCAAGUCCAUCAUGAUGAUGAAGAGUGGCCAGAUCUUCGCCCGCGAGGACCUGCUGCGGCGGCGCCUGGUCCACGACGGUGCGCUGCAGCUCAAGAGCAGCCAGGGACGUCUCAAAGACGUCCACGCGCUGCUCCUGUCGGACGUGCUGGUCUUCCUUCAGGAGAAGGACCAGAAAUAUGUCUUCGCCAUGCUGGACCAGCGCUCGACUGUCAUCUCGCUGCAGAAGCUGAUUGUGCGUGAGGUGGCCAACGAGGAGCGCGGACUUUUCCUCAUCACGGCAGGCAUCGAGAAGCCAGAGAUGAUGGAGGUGCUGGCCAGCUCCAAGGAGGAACGUAACGCCUGGAUGCAGCUAAUACAGGACGCCAUGCAGUCCAUGGAGAGGGACGAGGACGAGGGCAUCCCCAGCGAGACCGAAGAUGACAAGCGACAACUGGAGAUCAAAGCCAAAGAAAUGAGAGACCUGCUGAAGCAGAAGGAUUCUCAGAUCAUGUCCCUGCUGGAGGAGAAGGUGCGGCUCUUCCGCGGCAUGUGUGAGGGCUCCAGUCCAGUUGAGGAGGCCUGCCGGCAGACCAGGCACUUCUUCAGGUCGCCUGUCGGGCCGGAGCCCCCCAUGGGGGCCUGCGUCAUGAAGGACGCCCUGCAGGAAGUGGAGACACUGCAGACCCUGGUGAACAGUAGCCUCGGCGGGGCGAUGGCCGGUGUCCAAGAUGGCGUAGGCGGAGGAGGGGCGCCCGGCUCUGGGUGCCUGCCCCGACGGGCCGAGACCUUUGGCGGCUUUGACAGUCACCAGAUGCACCUCAGUAAGAAUGGAGACAAAGACGAGAGCGAAGAUGCCACCAGAGAUCUGCGGAGGACCGAGUCAGACAGUGUCCUGAAGAAGGGAGGAAACGCCAACCUGCUGCAGCUGCUCAAGAGGAACAGCGAGCAGGUGCUCCACAGCGUCUCGAAUUUGUACUUCCUGCUCAGCACGCUGCAGGCAGUGGUGGUGCAGCAGGACAGCUUCAUAGAGGACCAACGUCAGGCCCUGAGCGAGCGCUCACCGUCGGCGUGCUCGUCGUCACGGUCGUCUUCACGGCCCAGCUCCCUGGUCGAACAGGAGAAGCAGCGGAGCCUGGAAAAGCAGCGGCAGGAGUUGGCGUCGCUGCAGAGGCAGCAGGCAGCGCAUGCCGAGGAGCGCCGCCGGCGCGAAAAGGAGUGGGAGCUCAGGGAGCGUCUGCUUGGCGACAAGGAGACACUGCUGAACGCGCAGGAGGAGGAUCUGUCCAAGCAGCAGCGGGCGCUGGAGGACGAGAGGCGAGAGCUGGCGAGUCGGAAGGAGGACUACCAGAGGGAUCUGGAGAGGCUGAGAGACGCCCAGAGGAAGCUGGACAAGGACAGGGAGGCCCUGCAGAGGCAGCUCGACAAGAUGGACGAGCUACGGCGCACCGAGCGGACUCCCUCCACCGCCUCGGAAGAGUCCCAGUUGGCGGGCAGCUGCCAAUCUUUGGAUCUGGACCCCGUCGACAUGUCCUCUUCAUCCUCCUCGUCUUCAACGUCGCAGCGCUGCAAGGCCAAGACACGCAGUCUCAACCCUUUCACGUCGUCUUCAUCUUCGUCGGCGGCGGCGGGCGUAUUGAAGGCCGGCGAGGCCAGCACGCAGCUGUCCAAGAGCCUGUUGCAGCUGGCCAAGCAUCGUGGCAAGGAAGGCAAAGACAAGCGCAAGAAGAAGGUGAAAGGACAGGCCGCAGACUCCCAGCACCUCUCCGAGGCUCCUCUGGAUGGGGAGAUCUUCUUCUGCUGACUCUCAUCAUGCUCCCUCCUCAGCCUCGCUCAACGACAACACUUUCUAGCUCGCCUGCAACCCUGUUCGCCACACAGGACGUGCCGGUGUGCUCCCACUUCCCUGUCGUUGUGGUGUGA